ACACAUCCCUCUGAAAUAAAACAAUACGACUACGAGUACGACAACGAGUAUAAUGCCAAAUCAGAAGUCGAUCGGGGAAAACUGACACUCCGAAAGCCAUCAAGAAUUAAACCGUGACCCCAGAAACUGUCAAAACAAGUGUGUGUGCAGUACAUAAAAAUUAAAAAGUCAUAAAGUUGACAUCGUAAAAGGUUCGAGAGUUCGAUUCCGCCCUCUACCUGUGGGGCCAGAGAGAGAGAGAGAGCAAAGUGUGUUACGGCAUUUUAAACAAAGUAAUUAAAGCAGAACUGAGCCAGAGAAAGCCUUUCUCCCAGUCCCAGUCUCAGUCCCAGUGCCAGCGACGAGCCACACACGCACUUGAAGAGUCGUAAAAGGAAACGCUGUGAAUCAUAGCCAAUAGCCGUAAAAACAUAACGCGUUCGAGUGCCGUCGCCGUCAUUAAAAGUCCCGCGCCUAUAAAUCACCCGACGGCAGGCCAGCACCAGCACCAGCACCGGCCCCAGCACCAGCUCCCCAACCGUGCAUUAUUUUCCGCGUAAUUGAUGGCCGCUUUUUAAUUGCUUUUACAACAAAUAAAUGUCCCCACCCACACACACCACAGUACCAGAACCACAUCAACAGCAACAGCAGCAACUGCAGCAACACGGAAACCUGAAACCAUAUGCAAAUUUAACAAAUUUCGUUGUGAAUCCUCGAUUUCGGUCGAAAAGCAUUGAACAAAUACAAACUGCUCGCCAAUUGGAAGGCGCUUUCCAAUAAAUCACAAGCCACUUUGAUAGAGAGCCCCAGUCGAGCUCUGAAAGAAUCUUUGCUCGAACCACUCGCAAGACUCAAGCUAGAUAAACAAAAAACAAAAACGAAAAAUAAGACGGCGAAGACGGAACACUCGCAAGAACAAAAAAUAUACCCAGAAGUAAUCGAUCCUAGCCUCAAAGACUCAAAAUAAAAGAAACGAAAAGAAAAUAAAACAUCCAGAACAGACUCGACUCCGACGCAUUCGACGACUCGGCGAUUCUCUGCCGGAGAGCAAGAUAUGUGCAAUGUCAAAAUUUGUUUUCGAUAGUAUGCUGCCAAAGUACCCACAGUUCCAGCCAUUUAUCAGUUCGCACCUAACCAACACACCUCCAACCUCGUCAUCAGCAGCCGUCGCAGCCGCCCUCGCAGCAGCCGCAGCCUCCGUCUCAGCCAGCUCCAACACCUCGGCGACCGCCAGCAGCAGCACCAACAGCGGCAGCAGCCACCUCAGCCUGCAGACCGGCUCGCUCUCGCCAGGAUCCAGCGCCCUGCACCUGGGCAACCAACUGCAUCAGCAGCACCUCAGCCAGUCCUCCCACUCGCCGGUGUCGUCCUCGUCGCCCUCCUCCGCGGCGCUCUUCCAGCAGCAGGCCCAGCAGCAGCACCACCAACAGCAACAGCUCCACCAGCAGUCGCAGUCGCAGUACUCCUCGCUCUCCGCCGCCCUCCAGCUGCAGCAGCAGCAGCACAUCAACAAGCUAGCCGCCGCCGCGGCCGCCGUCAACUCUCAGGGCUCCCACGCCCACGCCCACUCGCACGCCCACGCGCAUCAGCAACUGCUGCUGACCCCACCCUCGGCCGGCAAUUCGCAGACCGGGGACAGCAGCUGCUCCCCCUCGCCAUCGGCCAGCUCCUCGCUGCACCGCAGCCUCAACGACAACUCUCCCGGAUCCGCGGCCAGCUCCGUAGCAGCCGCAGCAGCUGCUGCCGCCGCCGCAGCCGCGGCCAGCUCCUCGUUUGCCAUACCCACAAGCAAGAUGUAUCCGUACGUGUCAAACCACCCCAGCAGCCACGGAGGCCUCUCCGGCAUGGCCGGCUUCUCCGGCCUGGAGGACAAAUCCUGCGGCAGGUACACGGACACCAUGAUGAACAGCUACCCGUCGAUGAACGUACCUGCCUCGGCGUCCGCCAGCUUCGCACAGUUCUAUCAGCACGCAGCCGCUGCCUCGGCAGUGUCAGCCGCCAACGCUGGGGCCAUGGGCGUGGACCCUCUGGGCAACGCCUGCACUCAGCCCUCCUCGGGCGUGGUGCCCGGGGCCGGCGGUGGUGGGGGCGGCAUUGGUGACCUGCCGCGGUAUCCCUGGAUGACGCUCACAGACUGGAUGGGAAGUCCCUUCGAGCGCGUCGUUUGCGGCGAUUUCAAUGGCCCCAACGGAUGCCCACGCCGCCGCGGCAGACAGACCUACACGCGCUUCCAGACGCUGGAGCUGGAGAAGGAGUUCCACUUCAACCACUACUUGACGCGGCGACGGCGCAUCGAGAUCGCGCACGCGCUCUGCCUGACCGAGCGCCAGAUCAAGAUCUGGUUCCAGAACCGCCGCAUGAAGUUGAAGAAGGAGCUGCGCGCAGUCAAGGAGAUCAACGAGCAGGCCCGACGCGACCGCGAGGAGCAGGAGAAGAUGAAGGCCCAGGAGACGAUGAAAUCCGCCCAGCAGAACAAACAAGUGCAGCAGCAGCAACAGCAGCAGCAGCAGCAACAACAGCAACAGCAGCACCAGCAGCAGCAGCAACAGCAGCAGGACCACCACUCGAUCAUCGCACACAAUCCGGGCCAUUUGCACCACUCCGUCGUGGGCCAGAACGAUCUCAAGCUCGGCCUGGGCAUGGGCGUGGGCGUGGGUGUCGGCGCUGGAAUCGGCGCUGGAAUCGGUCCGGGUCUUGGCGGCGGGCUCGGCGGAAACCUGGGCAUGAUGAGUGCCCUGGACAAGAGCAACCACGAUCUGCUGAAGGCGGUCAGUAAGGUGAACUCUUAAGCUGCCCCCGCCAGCCAGCCACUCUUCCGCCAUUGGCCCCACGCCACCACCGCCCCCGUUCGGCGUUCUUUUUCGUCUUUUUCUCUUCGUCUGAGUAGCGCGAGAAAGCGAAAGAUAAACUCGAUAACUAAAAUACGUAAACCUUUACAUAGUAAAUAGUUGCAUAAGUCUACAAUUAACGGAUAUAAAAACAUAUAAGCAUACACACACACAUACGUACGUAGGUACGGUACAGUACACACACAUGCGAAAUCAAUGAGUGCGCACUGUGGCUCCGAUGCGGUUCGCGGGGUGAAGUGAAGGGGUUCGUUCGAGUGCUGCCAUCCUCGCAGCUUUCCCGAGCCUUCGUGGCGUGGAGUGGAGCUGUCUAUUUGAUAGGCAGAGCCACCACAUUCGAUUUUAGUGCAGCUCUACGGAGCUUCUUCCAUUUUCUUCUCCGUUUCAACCCCCAGUGGAUGGUAUGGCAUC